AUGAGUUCCCGGCUCCUCGAACUUCCACGAGAGCUCCGAGAUUUGAUCUACGAGUUCGCACUUGUACGCGAUGUUAUACCUAUCCAGCGCGCGGCCGCUACCUUGGACAGAAUACCGGAGGAAACACGCUCCCGCUGUCCUGAGUUCUACAGACAAAUCGCCCUUACAUACCCAUUGAGAAGGCCACGCGCCCACCGUCGCACAUGGCCUAUACCUCGCCUCGAUCUACGCACAUCCAGCUCACGGUACGAUCCAAGCGAUCUACCGGCUGACAUCCAAAUGACCUACCAACUCGAAGACGACUACGAUGAACCCUGGACACACAAGUUCGAGAUCCGCCUACUGCAAACUUGUCGACAAAUCUACGAUGAAGCUCGAGAGAUCUUCUAUGGCAAGAACCUUUUCAGCUUUACCGACACCGAGGCCAUUCCGACUGCGUUUGCCUUUUUGUGCAACAGGCCUGCUGAAUCACUCAAAUUCAUCUCCGCCAUGGAGAUCUCCUUUGACGAAGGCAGCAACAUGAUAGGCACUGCCAAAGCCCAUUAUCCCAUCCAAGCCAAGUCUACAGACUCGCUCGUACUACGAUACGCUUACCACUAUUUCCCGGACCUUUGCACCUUGAUAUCUACUCCGCGCAUGCAAUUGCGAAGGCUAAAUCUGACCAUCAACAGUCUGAGUCAGCACUUCGUUAAUAGCAUGAAUCGUCACUAUAUCUCGGCACCCUCUUCGAUUGCGGCUAGCGUAUCAUGGGAGACAGAGAAGAUGAGGAAUUCGCGUCCGUGGGUCGCUUCAUGGGUUCAGCCGUUGCUGAAAGUGAAGAAUCUCGAAUAUCUAGAGAUAAAUUGGAUGUUCGAUCGGCCAGAGGCGUGUCGAAUGGCAGACACUUUGUCGUUGAUGAGACGGCACAUGCUUGGAGAGAAAUUCAACAGACAAACUACUCGCGCUGGCCCAUCAGAGAACCCUGGAUUUGAAUUCACUAUACAUUAUCGGGUUGUCAUGCCAGAUGAAACCCCCACUAGCUGCGAACUAUCUAGGGAGGAUCUACUCCAGAGCAAGAAUGAUCCAGACGAUGAAUCAAGCAAAGAGACGGGUUUGGCAGCAUGGCGACGGCACAUUCGAGACACACUCGACAGUUCUGGUUGCCUCUGA